GCCGCCGCCGGCCGCCCUCCAGCUCCAGCCCCAGCCCCCAGCCUGAGCUCGCGACCGAGCCCACCAUGGCCAGCUCGAGCAGCCUCUCGGUGUCAGCAGAUCCCGGCACACAGAGGGCAGACGCAAUUCGGAGUCUUGCCCGAGCGACCUCGCAGCGCUCUUUGGCGGGCCGCACACGAAAUAACUUCCCCCAAGAGCCAGGCAUCAUGUCAACGCCGUCGUCUAGCCCUAUCACUGGCGAUCACGGCCAGAAUGAACGGGCCGACCAUAGGAGAGGCGUAUCAGAAGAACGUAGCGUCGCUCGUAUGCAUCUGAUGCGGACGCUACCUAUUCGCUCGACCGACGCAGUUCCGAACCCGCAGGUCGACACCGUUCAGGCGCGGACGAGACGGUCACGAAGCGGCAGCAUGCCACUCGAUCCCCGACCAAACACUGCAAGUGAGAUCAACGAAUGCGGGCGAGACCUUGAGACGUUGGCAGACCGACCCUCGUCUGUCGAGCCCACACAGGGACUGCGGCCCUUCUUCACUCGCUCUACUGAAUCCAUGCGGUCAUAUCGCACAGCGAAAGGCUCCGACGGUACACUGUCACGGCGAUGCUCUCUUGAUGAGCGUAACGAGAGAGGGCUGCUGCCCUUGCUCACUGCGGCGAAAGCCUCGUCGCACCUUGUAUCUCCCACCGAACUCAUAGGCAGGCAACCGUCACCUCUCGGCUCGCAUGGCUACAUAGAUCCACGCGAGUCGUUCGUAUCAUCGAUCGUAUCGACGGCUGAUGGAGGACGGUCCGAUCGCGAUCGCGAAAGUGCCAUUGCUAAGCUGGAUGCCGAAGAUUCGUUCGAAUAUGAACACCUCAUGCUAGCAGGUCGGGCAAGCCACCUCGCCCAAACGUCACCGCCUGACAGUCAUGCCAUUCACAACGACGAGGCCCAUUCGAAUGACGGCGCUGAUGAAGAUCGGCACGCCAGCAAAGAGCAAGCAUCCAUCGCGAGUACCGCUCCUGUUCGACAGCAGACACAGAGUCAGCCCAGCAACCAGGCGCGCGAAGCAGUUCUCAAUAGAUUGAAGCUGCUUACCCAUCGUGCCCUGCCCGACCGCGAAAAAAUCGGUCGUAUCGACCUGAGCAAGCCCAAGCGAACUCUUCAACUGCACUCGGGCGCGCUACAGGUGGUCAAUGCCAAUGUCGUCAAAGAUCGCUACUUGCUUUUAUUCGACGACUUGCUCGUCAUCGCAAAGCCUGACAUUCGACGACAUGCUGAUUCUGGCAUGCCACUCUUCCCAACCUUGGAUACCGUCUUUGCAGUCAAAAGCAUUGUAGAGGUUGACCGUAUUCGCAUAACAGCGCAGCGGGAGGACGACGUCUCAGAGGACCUGCAACCGGGCAAGCGUCAGCAUCCAAUGAUUCUAUCCUUUAUCGAACGUUUCGCCGAGGAUCCAGCACUUGCAGUCAAAACGCUUGUCCAGAAAGGCGGCCUUGCGAGUGAUGCACCUACUAUCGCGAAUCUGCUCUUCCGGACGCCAGAGCUGAGCAGGACUCAGCUUGGAACAUACCUGUCGCAUCGCGAAUCUCGCCAAAUCUUGAGAAGCUACGUGGAUCGCUUCCACUUUGCUGGAAUCCAGCUCGACGACGCGCUCAGGCUCAUUAUGAGCACGCUCAGAUUGCCCAAUGAUGUCAAUGCCGCGGAACAGCUACUACACGUCUUCGCCGCCAGAUGGGCCGCUGCCAAUCCUUCUCUGGGCGAUUCAAAGCUUGUCGGGCGAUUCGUCAUCGCUAUCAUGGAGCUCAACGACGCACUUCAUUCUGGCAAGUACGAUUUCGAGGGUACGGGCUGCCUCUUCAGUUUUCCCAAUGAAGCCAUCACGCGCGACGACUUCGUCGCGGCCUUUCGAGGAACAGACGCACAGUUUCGCGCCUCGAAUGACAUGUUGGAUAGAGUCUACUCAUCAAUCAAGGCCGAGCGCAUGAUCAGCGCGUCGGAUAAUUCAGCGUAUGCCAAUGCGCCUGAUCUGCCUGCAAUACUGACGCCGGCACGGCUGCCAUCACGUCUACACUAUCAACAAGCUUCCCAGGUCUUCCAGAUCUCCAUACCUGACCCCGAUCCAGAGUUCUCGAUCAAGCUCCUUGCUCAGGACCUGACGUUUGAACCAGCUGUGCUCACGUUUGCGACGUCGUCGACCGCUUCUUUCAGGGUGACAGGUACUACGGUCGGACGCGCCACAAUGCUGUUAUUGAAGUCGGGCAAUAACGCACCAUUUUAUCACGGGCUGCCUGUCAGCAAAACAUUCGUCGUCGAACGCGCCUUCAUGCGGCACAUCUUUCAAGUCGCCUUUAUUAACCAUCUGGGGAUCAAGCGAAAGUAUAUGUUCUCGAUGGGAACAGCAGAAGCCCGCUCACAAUGGCUUGACGGCCUCAGUCGCUGUGCGUCGAGCCCAUCGAUGAUAUAUACAGACGCAGCCUUGAGCCUUGCCGCCCAUCGUGUUGCCCUGCAGGUGCUGCGUGACAGCCUUAUCAUGCCGGAUCCAAUUCAAAGUUUACGAGGGUCUUCACGAGCAAUGACGAUAGGCAUGUCGCACCAGACUUCAUCCUCGCCAACCAUGGACAAUCGAUUCGAUAUGUCUCGCAAGCCCAGCCAGCCGCUUUCAAAAUUGACACGAUCACCGUCUUUCUCGUUACUGUACUCGUACGGAGCGGGUGCGGUCGAGCAGCUAGGUUCAAUGAACUUUGCCAGCACAAAUAUACCCCCGCCAGACACUGCUGCAUCUGACAACGUGUCGCCGGCCUUUGCAAGGCAACAUACGGGGCAUGAGCUCGUGCAGAUCUUGCAGCAAAACUCGCUACUGCCGGUCGUGCUCGGCUUCAUGCGCAAGAUGCUUCCUGAGACCGACGACAAAUAGAUGGGUUCAGACUGAACACGUCCCAACGAGAACCGGUUGCGCGGCACUGGUCAGUCUAAUUUGGCAGGCACUUGAUCUAUGACCAUCCUUGCGCACACGAAGUGAGCAAUGAAUGGCCAUUCUUUGAUCAGGUUGUGCGUCGAUGCUUGCCCGUUGGUCAAGAUGACUGCCAACCAUAUCAGACAGUACCUUUGCCAAGUCACAUUGCCAACCUUCUGCAUAAGUUGUCUUGAGCAUUGCUUGCCUCCUGAGCGUCUUAGCAUCUGUCUUAGCAUCUGUUGACUCGCUCGCG